AUGGCCCUGUGUUAUCAUAAACAUCCGUUUGAAAUAGAGACGGAAGAUCGUCUGACAACAAUUAAUACUAAAAUAUUUGAGAUCAAAAAGAAAAUACAGCUAUCAGACGGUCAAAGAAAAUCGCAUUACGAGGAAAACGAAGCCGAGAGACAACAGAACAACGAUCUCAUAGACACUCUAAAGAGUGAAAUCAAACUAAGAUUGACAGAACUCGCACAAGCAAGGCAGGUGAUCAGUGAUGAGGAGGCGCAGAUAAAGAAGUACCUGAAUGAGGUCUGUCCUGUGGGGAAUAAAACUGCUGAUCAGGUUAUCCACAAUCUAGAUUUAAAAGUCAUAGAACAACGAAAAAUGCUGGACCUUUUAAAGUACGAGAAAGGCAGUAAAAAGAAAAAAUUGAAAGAAUUCGAGAAAGAAUAUGAGAAAUUACUGAUUGAAAGCACAAAAAGUGACCUCGUUAAGUCGAAGAUGUCAACUAGAUCCAAAAAGCACAUUUCCCAUUUGGAAAACGAGAUCCACACAGUUUUGAUACAGUGGACUGAAGCAGAGUUGGUCAAGAAGAAAUACGCGUCUAUCAAGCAGGCGCUCGUAGAAGACUCCGUGAAGUUUGAAAGUUCUCUAGCUAAAAUAGAAGAUCUUCUGAAAAAACAACAGGAGGAGAUAAAGAAACUCGAGCACGUCCGCGACGAAGCAUUAUCCAUGCGUAUACGCGCGACCGCAGCAGCCACAGCAGAAGCUGCGCGUGCGCACGACGCGGAACAUUCUAGAGCUGCUGAAAGGGCGUACUUCGCGCAGAGGUUUGAGGAACGACGCCGGGAGAUGGAGAAGCUUGAGAAACGGAUCUUUCCACCUGCUUUGCGUCCGGUACGCCAAGAUUCAACGGGCUCUAUGGACGGCGAACCUGCUGUGGAAGAAAUAUCACCAGAUCAGGAGAUGGAGGAAAUAUUCCAACGACUUAUGAAGCUCACCGGAGUAACAGAACCAGAACAAGUCUUCGACCGCUUCCGAGCCCAACGGGAGACCAGUUCCCGUCUCAACUACUUGCAGCAGAGCAUCGAGGACGAGAAGCUGCAGCUGGAGCGAGCGCAGACCACGCUCAUGGCGGAGCUGGAGGGCUACAAGUUCGCGUCCGUCAAGGACAAGGACGAAGGUCAAGAUGAAAUAAUGAAUCUAAAAACAGCAAUAAAAGAAGAAGAAGAAUCAUACGAAACUCUGAAGAAGGAACUGGAAGAACUCGAAAGCUUCCUCCUGGAUAUCAAGAAAUUGUUAUACGAUCUGUGCAAAUUGCUGGAGCCAGUAGUCCCGGAACCACCAACACCGGAAUGGACGGCAGAAGCACGUGACGUACAGGAAACUAUACGUGUAGUGGCCGUUCGGCUUGAACGGGCAAGGGAUAAACAUAGCACGCUUGUGGAACGGCCGAGAGAUGGCGUUGCUAUGCCUUCUAAUCCGACAAGUGUAGCGGCGUCAGUAGCGGCAUCAGCGCCGAGCCACAGCACACAGCGCGACUCGGAGCGACUUGCGCCUGCGUAUCGGGACCUCGCACUGAGGGAGCCCGGCAAACCGACCGUAUCUGAUGAAGAAGAAGACAUUCCUUCAAGAUGUUACCUGAAGAGGCAAGCUCAGCUCAUCAUUGACACUAAGUGUCGUAGGAAAGGCUUCCGACCACCAUACCCUCGGAGAUAA